AUGGCUGACGGACAACAUGAUGCACAUCCACGCACCUUGAAGGAUUAUGUGCGGCCUGUUGUGAAUGACAACUACUCGGGUAUAAGACGCCAGACCAUUAAUGCCAACAAUUUUGAGCUCAAACCAGCCUUGAUCAGCAUGGUGCAACAAGCCCAAUUUAGCAGAUCGCCACUUGAUGAUCCCAAUAUUCAUUUGGCAAUGUUCUUGUUGAUUUGUGACACUGUAAAAAUCAAUGGUGUUACUGGAGACACCAUUAGACUGAGAUUAUUUCCUUUCUCUUUGAGGGACAAGGCAAGAGGUUGGCUACAAUCUCUACAACUGGGAAGCAUCACUAGUUGGCAGGACAUGGCUGAAAAGUUUCUUGCUAAAUUCUUCCCACCUGCAAAAACAACCCAACUCAGGAGUGAGAUCAGUCAAUUCAAGCAAAAUGAUUUUGAGUCACUCUAUGAAGCAUGGGAAAGGUAUAAAUAUUUGAUUCGAUGCUGCCCUCAACAUGGAUUGCCGAAUUGGUUACAAGUUCAGAUGUUCUAUAAUGGGUUAAAUGGGAAAACUCGAACCAUAGUUGAUGCUGCUGCUGGUGGAACUUUGAUGUCAAAGACAAUUGAGGGUGCUGCUACCUAUCUUUUAGAAGAAAUGACCUCAAACAACUAUCAAUGGCCAACCGAAAAAACUAUGGCUAAGAAAGUUCCUGGGAUUCAUAUUUCAGCUUUGACAACCCAAAGGAUUCAAUAUGUUGCAGCUACAAGUAUGAUAGUUCCGAGUAAUGAAGCGAGCCAAGAACAAGUUCAAUACAUCAAUAAUCGAAACUACAACUAUCGUGGAUUUGAUAGUCAACAAAGCAAAAAGAAUAUGUCACUUGAGGAUGCCAUAAUUUCCUUUGUUGAGGAGACAAAUGCAAGGUUUAAAAAGACUGAUUCAUUGUUGGACAACAUUGACGCUCAUUGUAGCAACAUGGGAGCUGCUAUAAAGAAUAUUGAAGUGCAAAUUGGGAAACUAGCCACAAUCAUCAAUGCCCAACAAAGAGGAACUUUUCCUAGCAACACAGAAUCAAAUCCAAAAGAACAGUGCAAGGCCAUCACACUUAAGAGUAUAAGAGAACUUGAGAGGUCACCAUCAAAGGAAACCAAUUCCACCCCUACAGUUGCAAACAAUGGUCAAAGCAAGAAUAAAGUAGAAGAAAAGGAGAUUGUGGAUGAUGCACUAAGAGAGACUGACAUGCUUCCAGCAAUUUCAUUUCCCGACAAUCCCCCUAUUCUCUCUACUCUACUUCCUUAUUCUCAACGUUUUCAAAAACAAAAUUAG